AUGACCGAUUCGACCAAGUUGAGUAUCGAGAAGGAGUACGAGUGGUCGGACACGGAGUCCAAGGAGGGCUUGGAGGCCUCCAACGUCACCGCCACGCCCGGCCAGCAGGUGCGGGCCGACUUUGAGGAGAUCAUGGACGACUUCCUCGGCCGCUUUGAGGUCCUUGGCGGCAAGAUGAAGCCCGUCAUGGCCGGCAACUCCCCCCUCGAUAAGCUCGACACCCUCCGCUCCGAGCUCCUCGGCCCCGCCGCACAGCCCGACUGCCACCUCGAACGCUGCGCCGUCAAGGAGCAGAUCCUCGCCAAACUCAAGGCCGACCAACGUGCCCACGACUCCCGGCUCGCAUUGCCCUCCCAGGCUGCCAUCAGGGAACAAUACACCACCCUUGAUUGGCACGAUCAACAGGACAAGUGGGACUGCCAAACCAUCCUGUCUACUUAUUCCGACCUGGAGAACCACCUGCAAGUCAUCAGGAUCAGGGACGCGAUCGGCGCCGCGGAGCGCAAGCCCCGGGACGAAGCCGUCGGGGCGCGCGUGGAGCCUGUGUGCGUGCAAGGAUUAGUCGCGCCACAACAAGAGCAGAUCACUAGCCAAAGCCUCGCCCCGCCGACCACCGAUGAGGAAGCUCACGUGCCGGCGGAGAUUUUCUGA